ACGAGAAGAAUCAAAUCAACGCGCCUAAAAAUUGCCGAAGGAUAGAAAAAGGCGCGAAACGGUGCAGGGAGAAACCCUAGCGAAGCUCAUUUCCGAUUCUGUGGGUCGCGCUCGGUGUUCAUGGCAGAAAAUGUGGGCAUGGAAGAAAGGCGACAAAGUGGCUCAGGGGGAGCUGAAGCCGUUCUAGAUCUCCAACCUGGAUGUUCAGUGCCUGUUUCAUACCACCCACUCUUUGGUCCACACGAGGACCUGUUUCUUCUUGAACUUGAUGGCAAACUUCUCCCAGAUUUCUUCCAUCAUAGUGUAACCUUGAGGGGACUCCCUGAUGAGGAUGCGGUUCUCUGCACAAAGUCUAAGACUUAUGCAGUCAAGUUUGUCGGAACCUCUAAUUCCGUGUUCCUUAUCCCUCCGUCCGACUGUUCUGGUUUCCAUGGAGAUUUACAGGAUCCUGUUGCAAAAGAGAAUAGUAAGCCACACGUAUCGAUCAUCAAAGCUGCACCUGGUAAUAUGGAACUUGUUGAGGUUGCUCCUAGACUCGAGAAGCUUAAGCGGCUUCUCUUGGAAAAUCCAUAUCGGGCUUGUGAGGCUUCGGUGAUGGAUGAGCCAGAGCAUAAUGAAGAGAGGGGCAAGGGUUUGUACACGUGGAACAAUUUAGUUAACUUGGUUCAGGCCAGUGAUGACGAGUUACUUAGUGGGCUACAUACUCUUUCAGCUGUGGAGAUUGAUGGUUAUUGGAGGAUUGUAGACGAAAAUUACAUGGAUAUGAUUCUAAGGAUGCUGCUGCACAAUUCUGUACUGAAUGAUUGGUCACUGGAUGCACUUGACGAAGAGGACGUUGUCACUGUGCUUGUAUCAGAUGAAUUUCCCCAUAAGCUUGCCCUUCACUGCUUGCAUAUCUAUGGUACCAAGGUAAAUGAUGGCACGGGUAAAAGCCUUUGGAAGCUGGAACCUAGGCGGGUAUGUCUGCAUUUCGCUAGAAAAGUAUUGGGCGAUGAAAAGAUGAGACUGGAGAAUUUCAUGCAAGAGUGGAGACAGAAGAUUCCCGAAGGGAUGGAAGCGAACUUCGAAAUGUUGGAAGGGGAGGUUUUAACGGAGAAGCUGGGGAUCGAGACUCGGGUUUAUGCAUUCAGUGUACGUUCAUUGCCAUCAACACCAGCAGAGCGUUUCUCUUCGCUCUUUAAGCAUAGACCUAAAUGGGAAUGGAAAGAGUUGGAGCCCUACAUCAGAGAUCUGAACAUUCCGGGGCUUUCGUUAGAAGGCUUGCUUCUUAAAUACACCCGAAGAACGCAGCCUACGGCUGAUGCAGAACCUGUUUUCAGUGCAAGAUAGUCCUCUCAAUCCAGGUUUUGUCGUGUUAUUCGGUUAUAUUUACGAUCAAUGAACUUGCAAAUGCUGUCCGAAUUUUAACAAAAGGAUGCGUCUUUUUCCCCACAAGAAAAAAAUGAGGGAGAGAACCAAUCGGAGCCAAAUUAAAAGUAAGAAAGGCCCAAUGCAAUUAUAAUGGGCCAGGCUUUUGUUGGGCCUUUAGUCCCGGUUUGGUUUCACCAGUUAA